AGCUGUAUCCUCGCCCGGCUCUGCGAGAAGCCGGUCCAGGCUCCCCUUCUAUUCCGACCCCCAAAAGCUCCGCUCCUGGGGGUGCGGAAGGCCCACCAGCCCUACGCGGGUCCUGGAUGGGUAUUUGGAAAAGACUCUGGUCCAGUCCAGAGGCCGAGGGUCUUCUGGGCUUCCGAAGGAACCCUACGUGAGCACUGGACGUUUUGGGGAAUCAUUGCGUUGAGUGAAGAUGUGGUCUGUCCAUGAAAGGCUGGGAAAGAACUAAUCUGUUACCACCCAGUCCUUCUCUAAGGAAACACUCUUUGCAGCUGACAGCCUCCGGAGCGAGCGCUCUCACGCCCCCAUCUCGGGUCCUGCCUGCGUCCAGAGCCGAUCUGUUUUAAAUAUAUUUCUGCAGGUUCUGGAGUUCUGGCUGUAUGACAGGUGCCUCUGGAUCCCUCCUCUCUUUUGUUCCUCUAGAAGAGAAUAUAGACAUGUACUCAAACCUACCCAACUGGCUGCCUCCCAAAGAAACAGUGCUUAAUUUAAGAGGGGAAUCCGUUUUUCAGAGUUGUUGAAGUCACAACAGCAUGAAGGAUUCUCCAGGUCCUGGCGCCACAGGGAUAUGUCAUAGUCCUGAGAGCAGGAGAUUGUGAUCUGAGGAGGACCACACGACUGUGAAGUCUGUCAUCAGAGGUUCCAGCAGUUUCUUUACCAGAAGUGGACAAGUCCAAUCAAGCAAGCAUCAUCAUGCCACAGCAGCUCCUGAUCACCCUGCCCACAGAGGCCAGCACCUGGGUGAAAUUGCACCAUCCAAAGAAGGCCAAGGAGGGGGCGCCCCUGUGGGAGGAUGUGACUAAAAUGUUUGAAGGAGAAGCUCUGCUAUCUAAGGAUGCUGAUAUGACCCAGGGAGAAAGUUUAGAGGAUGAAGUGAGCCCUGGGUCCCCAACAGCAGAAUCCCAGGAACUGUUAACCUUCAAGGACAUAUCUAUUGACUUCACCCAGGAAGAGUGGGGGCAAUUGGCCCGUGCUCACCAGAAUCUGUACCGAGAGGUGAUGUUGGAGAACUACAGGAACCUGGUGGCAGUGGGAUAUCAGCUCCCCAAACCUACUGUGAUUUCCCAGUUGGAGAAAGGAGAAGAGCCAUGGAUGACAGAGAAAGAAGGCCCAGGAAAUCCCAGUUCAGACUUGAAGAGUAAAACAGAAACUAAUGAGUCAACUGCAAAGAAUGACAUUUCACAGCAACAGUUAUAUCAUGACAUUAUGAUGGAAAAGUUCAUGAGGGAUGAUAUCAUUCAUUCCACAUUGAGAAAAGUCUCAAGAUACGAUGAUACAUUAGAAAGGCACCAGGAAACCUGUGGGAGAGAUGUGAGACGAGCCAUCUUGACCCACAAGAAGAGAGGCCAAGAAACUAACAAAUUUGGGGAAAAUACCAUUGUGAGCUCAAAUAUUAUCAGAGAACAGAAGCAACAUAAAUGCAAUACACCUAGGAAGAGGAACAGAUACAAAUUAGAUUUGAUUAGUCAUCCAACAAGUUUUAUAAGAACAAAAACUUAUGGAUGUAAUAUAUGUGGAAAAGUCUUCAAACAACCCAUUCACCUUACUGAGCACAUGAGAAUACAUACUGGUGAGAAACCUUUCAGAUGUAAGGAAUGUGGAAGGGCCUUUAGUCAAAGUGCAUCCCUAAGUACACACCAAAGAAUCCAUACUGGCGAGAAACCCUUUGAAUGUGAAGAAUGUGGCAAAGCCUUCAGACAUCGCUCAUCACUUAAUCAGCAUCACAGAACUCACACUGGGGAGAAACCCUAUGUCUGUGAUAAAUGUCAGAAAGCUUUCAGCCAGAACAUUAGCUUGAUCCAGCACUUGAGGACUCAUUCUGGGGAGAAACCCUUUACUUGCAGUGAAUGUGGGAAAACCUUUCGACAGAUUAGACACCUUAGUGAACAUAUAAGAAUUCAUACUGGGGAGAAGCCCUAUGCAUGUACUGCAUGCUUUAAAACCUUUAGUCACAGAGCAUAUCUAACACAUCAUCAGAGAAUCCAUACUGGGGAGAGACCCUACAAAUGUAAGGAAUGUGGGAAAGCCUUUAGGCAGAGGAUACACCUUAGCAACCAUAAAACUGUUCAUACAGGAGUGAAAGCAUAUGAAUGCAACCGUUGUGGAAAAGCCUAUAGGCAUGACUCAUCCUUUAAGAAACAUCAGAGACAUCACACUGGAGAAAAACCUUACGAAUGUAAUGAAUGUGGAAAAGCCUUCAGCUACAAUUCAUCACUUAGUCGACACUAUGAAAUACACAGAAGAAAUGCCUUCCAAAAUAGUGUGUAAAAACAAAUACUCAACAUGAGAACAAAAGCCAAGUCUAAAUCAGUGAUUCUAUGCUUUAAAAUUUCAGGACUCAGAUAAAUUUGAGGAAGUGAUAUAAUGAUGCCCCUUGUGUAAAUAACCACUACAUUGAUAACCACUAUCUGUUAACACCUCUAUCCAUAGUACUUAAGAAGAAAAUCUGGUCCUUUUAAAUUAAAUAAAUUUGGCAUUAUGAAAAAUUCA